GACUAGGCAGCAAUUAGGCUUUGGGGAUAAAACGAGGCGCGGAGAGCAAGCUGGGGCAGUCCUUGCUGGAGAUGGCGGGUCUGACAGCGGCGUCCCCGAGGCCUGGAGCCCUUCUUCUCUUAUUGUUCCUCCUCCAUCCCGCACAACCUGGAGGGGUGCCAGGGGCUGUGCCUGGUGGAGUACCCGGAGGUGUCUAUUAUCCAGGGACUGGUCUCGGAGGCCUAGGAGUAGGAGGGGCAGGUCUUGGAGGCCUUGGAGGAGGAGCACUGGGGCCUGGAGGCAAACCACCCAAACCAGGUGCUGGACUUCUGGGGACAUUUGGAGCAGGUCCUGGAGGGAUCACAGGUGCUGGCCCUGGGGCAGGACUCGGAGCCUUUCCAGCAGGCACCUACCCAGGGGCUCUGGUGCCCGGUGGUGCAGCGGCCGGAGCUGCUGCAGCCUAUAAAGCCGCUGCCAAGGCUGGUGCCGGGAUUGGUGGUGUCGGUGGAGUUGGUGGAGUUGGUGGUCUUGGUGGUCUUGGUGCCUUAAGUGUGGCUACAGUACCCCAAGGCGGAGUAGUUGGACCCGGAGCUGGGGUAAAACCUGGGAAAGUACCCGGUGUGGGACUUCCAGGUGUAUAUCCAGGUGGAGUUCUCCCAGGAACAGGAGCUCGGUUCCCUGGUGUGGGUGUGCUUCCUGGAGUUCCUACUGGUACAGGAGUCAAGGCCAAGACCCCAGGUGGAGGUGGUGCUCUCUCUGGAAUCCCAGGGGUGGGGCCCUUUGGAGGCCAGCAGCCUGGAGUCCCACUAGGUUACCCCAUCAAAGCACCCAAGCUGCCAGGUGGUGGCUACAGACUACCCUACCUCAAUGGGAUAUCGCCCUAUGGAAUCGGUACAGGGGGCAAGGCUGGCUACCCAACAGGGACAGGGGUCGGCUCCCAGGCGGCAGCUGUGGCAGCUAAAGCAGCGAAGUAUGGUGGUGGAGCUGGAGUCCUCCCUGGUGUCGGAGGGGGCGGCAUUCCCGGGAUCGGAGGCAUCGCAGGGGCGGGGACACCCGCAGCAGCUGCUGCAGCCAAGGCCGCUGCCAAGGCCGCCAAGUAUGGAGCUGCUGGAGGCUUAGUGCCUGGUGGACCAGGAGUUAGGGUCCCAGGUGUUGGCAUUCCAGGUGUUGGGGUCCCAGGUGUUGGUGUUGGGAUACCAGGUGUUGGAGGCCCAGGUGUUGGAGGCCCAGGCAUUGUGGGUGGACCAGGGGCUGUGUCACCAGCUGCUGCUGCUAAGGCUGCCGCAAAAGCUGCCAAAUACGGAGCCAGAGGUGGGGUUGGAGGCAUACCCACCUACGGAGCUGGUGCUGGGGGCUUUCCUGGCUACGGUGCUGGAGCAGGAGUCGGAGGUGUCCCUGGAGCUGGCCUUUCUCCUGCUGCCGCCAAAGCUGCCAAGUACGGUGCAGCUGGAGCUGGGGCUCUGGGAGGACUGGUGCCAGGUGCAGUACCAGGGGCAGUGCCAGGGGCAGUACCCGGUGUGCCAGGUAUUGGAGGAGUGCCAGGAGCAGGGACUCCAGCAGCUGCUGCCGUUGCCAAGGCAGCCGCUAAAGCUGCCCAGUAUGGAUUAGGCCCUGGUGUUGGUGGGGUUCCCGGAGGAGUCGGACCAGGCGGUGUGGUUCCUGGGAUCGGUGUUGGUCCUGGUGCUGGCCUUGUCCCCGGUGGUAUUGCAGGAGCAGGGGCCCCAGCUGCAGGCAAAUCCGCAGCUGAGUUAGCUGCCAAAGCCCAAUACCGGGCUGCUGCUGGACUUGGGGCCGGUGUCCCUGGAUUUGGAGCUGGUGCUGGUGUCCCUGGGUUUGGAGCUGGUGCUGGUGUCCCUGGGUUUGGGGCAGGAGCAGUACCUGGAGCCCUGGCUGCAUCCAAAGCAGCUAAAUACGGAGCAGCAGGUGGUGGUCUCGGAGGGCCUGGGGGUCUCGGUGGAGCAGGUGUUCCAGGCGGUGUAGCAGGAGCCGGCCCUGCUGCAGCCGCAGCCGCUGCCAAAGCUGCCGCCAAAGCCGCCCAGUAUGGCCUGGGCGGAGCCGGUGGGCUGGGACCCGGUGGACUAGGAGCUGGGGGACUUGGGGCAGGAGCAGGAAUCCCUGGUGCUGGGGGCUUUGGAGGUGUGUCUCCAGCUGCAGCCGCUAAAGCAGCGAAAUAUGGUGCUGCUGGCCUUGGAGGGGUCCUAGGAGCCAGGCCAUUCCCAGGUGGAGGAGUGGCAGCAGCAAGACCCGGCUUUGGACUGUCUCCCAUCUACCCAGGUGGCGGUGCUGGAGGCCUGGGAGUUGGUGGAAAACCUCCCAAGUCUUACGGAGGAGCCCUUGGUGCCCUGGGAUAUCAAGGUGGAGGCUGCCUGGGCAAAUCCUGUGGCCGGAAGAGGAAGUGAACUUCCUGAGACCCCUGACUCGCGACCUCAUCAACGUUGGUGCUACUGCUUGGUGGAGAAUGUAAACCCUCUAUGACCAGCCCCCCCCCCCCCGCCUCAUCCCCCAACUCCCACCCGGGAGGGGACGGCAGGCCAGCGAUGUUUGGAAACCCACAGGGCAAGGAAAUCAGAGAACAGUGGCCAUGUGCUCCGACCAGAAAGCCCCCCAUCCCCCCCACAACAUCACAGGCCAGGGCAGGUGGGCUCACCCGGGUGCCCCCCCAUCCCUUCCCACCCAGGAGCUCCCCCCUGAACACAGUCUCCAUCUCCAAGGAAAAUUGGUGCUACAUGUUGGUGUUUCCUCUUCCUGGGGGGAAGGAGGAGGGAAGGGUGGCCCAGGGGACUCCCUCCCUGUGGACCCUCUGUAAAGAUGGUGCUCACAUUUGCUGGGCAGUCCCACCUUCCCCUGCCCACCAGGAGCCUUCCCUGGCUGUGUCCAGUUGGUACCCAAAGCACCCAAACCCUCAAUGCUGGAUUUGGUCAUACCAUUUUCCUCUCUCUCUCUUUCUCUCUCUCUCUCUCUCUCUCUGGGUCCUCUUGGUGCUGUCUUCCCCUUACCAAAGGCUGUGAUGUGGGCACAUUGGAGUCACAACACUCCACCCACACUGGGAAUAGCUCACUUGCUCUUGUGGAAUCCACCUGCCCAUCCGUCCAUCCAUCCGUCCGUCCAUCCUUGUCCGCAGUUGACUGCCUGGGCACACCCACCAUCAACCUGGUUCAUCUGGCAUGAUGGCCUGUGCCCUCUCCCAUCCCGCCACAUGCCAGCUCAAUGCUGGCCCAGGGUGUGAUGGGCUGUGCGGGCUGGGGCAGAAAUGUCCCUCCCCACAUGCAGUACUGUAUCCCCUGUCCCCUAAAGCCACUGUAUACCACCAGAGCAUGUCUCACCCCUUCCCACCCAUCUCUUUGUGUCUCGCUGUGAUAGAUCAAUAAAUAUUUUAUUUUUUGUCCUGGAUAUUUGGGGAAUAUAUUUGAUUGUUGAUGUGCUCUUGGGGUUUUAUUUUUGUGAUUAAUUGAAAACAAAAACAUCUUUUUUUUUUUUUUUCUAAUCUGGGGAGCUGUAGCCUCAGGAGAAAAUUCAUUUUAAUCACUUUGAUAUAACUCUGGAUGAAACACACAUUUAAAAAAAAAUAAGAAAAGAGAAUUAACUGCUUCAGAAAAGAUUAAUAAAUGAAAACCUUUUAAAGGAAA